CAGUGCCUAAACACAAAAUAUUGCGACAGUGCACAGAUCUGCGACUACUAAUAUCAAUACGGUUAACAAUAAGUUAAAUCGAGAAUUCGAGAAGACAAGAACCCAUUACCCGACGGGAAUUUGGUAAUCCGAUCCCGCGAACGCCGUACCUGUAAAUCUGUUGGCCUUUGCGCAAAAACAAAAAGUCAAUAAUGAAACAAAUUGUACUCUAGAUAAGCGCAGUAGCGCAAGUAGAACAGGGCAAUACCUACACUUCCACAGACCGCUGCGAUGAGUUCAGACGAACGCGUCGGAUCGUGUUGGCUAGCCAGCCAGCAGUGAUAACGGCGCCGAACCGUCGGCGGUAGCGUUGAAGACUCCCAAGUCUCGAUUAUAUUCAAUACCUGCGACCGAACCGGUGAUAUUUUAUUAUGUCGUGUUCAAGAAUAACUGAGGUAGCAGAUGAAGAACAAGAAGAUGAAGAGGCUGAUGAUACUUUAGUAGUAGUUGUUAAGCCCGAUGGUACAGUUACUAUAGAUCAAGAAAUAUUCAAUAGAGUUUUGGAAAAUAAAAAGGAAACCAUGAAUAUUAUCCAUUUUGAAAACAGCAGCAAUACAGGCAUUACUACCAAUCCAGAAAACGGAGAGCCUGAAAUCAAUUUGACUGUGCAAGGUUUUUAUCCUUCUAUUUCUACCCAAACAUUCUUAUCCCAAGCCAAUGAAAAUAGUGAUAUGGCAACAGCUAAUACUAUUUAUUUGGAUCAUUGUUACUACAAGGAUUGCCCACCAAACACAUCAGAGAACAUUUCUGAUUCUCAGAAUACACUCUCUACUGGAACACAACAUAUUACAAAUAAAUUAAAAAAAUCAAAUACUGUAAACAAAAAUGAAGAAAUUGAAGAAAUUACUGUUUCAAUGGAUGAUUGUAAUUUUAAUAAUUCAUUGUGUGUAGUUUUAGAAGAUAUAAAAUCAGCCAUGCCAUCAAUAAUACCCAAUAAUAUCCCAGAAAGUAAUUUACCAAACAACAAAAGAAUGCUAAAUUUAAGAGUUGGAAAAAAUGAAAAACCAAGAAAUAAGGGUCCUAUAUCAUUAAAAAAUACAAUAACUAAAAAGAAACCUGUUGAAAUACAAAGUAGUCAAUCCGGUGAUAAAGCAAGAAUUACAAAAACAGUUAAACGUCUGUUACCAACGACUUAUCAAGUUCGUCCUCCUGUUCAAAUAAAAAAUAAUCGACAAAAAAAAUCCGAUGUUAUUGUAGACAAUGUUUUCUUGCAAGCCAAUGAAUUAAUUCGUCAGUCGAGUAUUGAACCAAAAAAAUACAUACAAAAUCAGUUGAUGUUCAAAAAGAAUAAAGAUAAAAUUGGAAUUGAAAGUUCUUUAGAUUCUUCAACAACUCUACACAAACAUGUCUCAAAAUUAUUAGAUGUACCUGAAUUAUUUUCUUCUCCAGAUGUUAUUUUAGAUGAUAACAAAACAUCUAUUCAAACAGAAAAUGUAGAAUUAGAUCCUAAAAUAAUUGUUAUUGAUAAAAUUGAUGAAAUAACAUCUAAAGAUAACCUUGUUUCCGACUCAAAGGAUUUAGAUCAAAUGAUUGUAAAUAAAGAAGAAACUGGAAGAGUACGAAAAGUUUCAAAUCGAACGAAAGAUAAUCCAGUUGAAAUUACUGUAACUAAAACAGUAGAAGACAUACUAAAUGAUAUUAGUUCCAAAAUAGCUAAUCAAACAGAAAUUAUUGAUGAGGAAAAUUUAAUCGAUGAACUAGCUGAUCUCAAUGAAGACCUUAACUCUUCAAAUUUUGUUGCUCCAUCUAACUCUAGUCAUGACUUGAUGAACAAACUAUUAUCCGAUGAUAGUCUUAAUCAAAGUGACAAUAAUGACUCUAUAACAUUAGGAACUGAUGACAAAUCUAAAGGUCCUACGGUAGUUGUUUAUGGAAAAUCUGGUAGAAUAGUUACACUACCUCCAAUCGAGAUUCCUAAAACUCGGUCUUUAGUAAAAAAAGAAAAUCUGGAUGCUAGUAUAAAAGAACAAGGUAGACAAAGACGUUCAUCAGAAAAUUCCAGAAGUAUAAAUGAUUAUAGUGAAGAAUCAGAUACCGAUAGAGAAGGAAACAUGACUUCAGAAGAUGAUCCAAAUAGACUAUGGUGUGUUUGUAGAAAACCUCACAAUAACAGAUUUAUGAUAUGUUGUGAUACGUGUGAAGAUUGGUUCCAUGGAAAAUGCGUGGGUAUCACGAAAGCCUUGGGUGAACAAAUGGAAGCUCGUGGUGUUGAAUGGAACUGUCCACCGUGUAAAAAAAAAAGGACUGAAGAUGCGCGUAAAAAAUCUGAAGAAGAUAAAGUGAAUAAAAAAUUGGAAGAAGAAAAGAAAAAACUACUUAGUUCAAAAUCUUCUGUCAAAAAAAAUGAAGUUAUUAAAAUUCAACCUCAAUUACAACAAAAAUGUGCUCAAUGUGAUAAAAUAAUUGAAGGUGUAGCAGUAGGUUUAUUUUGUAAUGAAGUAUGUUUGGAUCAGCAUAUUGAAGAAAGUGUAGCUGCUAUAAAAGCAUGUUGUACGUCAGAUUCACCAGAUAUUAUUUUCUUGGAUAAAAAAAACAGCAGAUUAAUCACUGGUGAACAAGCUCCAAAAAUUGCAAAUAUAAAACAAUGGAUGAAAGAAAAUCCAGCAUUCGAAAUUUUAAAACCAGGAUCUAAAUAUAACCUUAAUAAAACAUCUAUUAAAUCUCAAAGUAAUUCGAAACCAAUCCCUAAUCCAUUUAAAAAUCCUAAAAGAGAUAACGAAAAUUGCCUUAAAAGACCGGCGACAAGUCCAGAUAAACAUAAGGCAAAAGAAAUUAAAAAAGAUUUUGAUGUCUCAGAAUUAUUGCAACCAGAUAAAAUUAAACUUGUAUUCGUUAAAAAAGAUUUGUCAAAACCAAUAUUACCUCAAAAGGAACCUAUUAAACAUACUACUCCUCAAAAAGAACCCAUUAAACACACUACUCCUCAAAAAGAACCCAUUAAACACACUACUCCUCUAAAAGAACCUAUUAAACAUAUUAUUCCUAAAAAAGAACCAAUAAAACAUACUAUUCCACAAAAGGAAGUAUCAAAAUGUGUACAACCAGUAACACAGAUAAAAACAACAUCCAUUUCAAAAACAAAUGUUGUGCAAAAAGUUGUAAAGAAAAAACCAGAACUGGUUAAAAAAAUUGAAUCUAUAAAAGAAAUUUUCAAUGAGAAGAAGGGUGAAGCACAAUUGCGUACUAAUGUUCGUAAAUCUUUAUUAGAAUCAUUAAGUAGUAGAAUAUCUGAAGAACCAGAAUUAAAAACAGCUGAACAAAACUUGGAGGAAUUAAUCUCAAAAAUUGAAGAAGAACUUUAUAAUCAGUUUAGUAAGGUUGAUCAGAAAUAUAAAACAAAAUACAGAAGCUUAUUAUUCAAUAUAAAAGAUCCAAAAAAUUUAAAUUUCUUUAAGAAAAUUAUAUUUAAGUGGGUUACUCCGUAUCAAUUAGUACGUAUGACUGCUGAUGAAAUGGCAUCUCAGGAACUCGCUGAAUGGAGAGAACGAGAAAAUAAACAUCAAAUAGAAAUGAUCCGAAAAACUGAAUUAGAUAUGAUGAAUCAGCCUAAAGCUUUACUUAUGAAGACUCAUAAAGGAGAAGAAAUCAUUGAGUCCAAGGAUAAUAAGGAGACUAUAGUAUCAGAACUUAAUCCUGAUAUUAAGGUCGAGGAAAAAAAACCACAGAUUUUAUUAAAAUUAACCAAAGAAAAGAAAAAGAGCAAAUAUAAAGAUAGUAGUAGUAAUGUUGAACGUGAACGUAGACAUCAUAAGUCUAGUAGAAAUCGUCAUAAAACACACAAGGACAAAAAACGUAGAAGUCGUGACCGCAGCAAAAGUAGAGACACAAAGAAUAAAAAAGUUGAAAAAAAUAAAGUAAUUGAAUCUGCUGUUGAACUAGUUACUAAUAAUAUUAAAGUGCGUAAAGAUGAAGAUAUUAGUGAUAGGGAACCAAGUUCAACUGUUGUCAUAGCAACUCCACCUCGGGUGGAAGAAGAAGUUGGUCCUAUAUGGAAAGGUACCAUCAAUUUCACUGAUGUUGCACGUUGUAGUGUAACAAUGUCUCGAUUAUCUGGUAAUGUAAUUGGAUUGGAGGCAGAACUUAAUUUAACAGUUCUGGAAUGUGUUGGUCGCAUCAAACAACAAACUGUUUGGGAAUAUAUGGGUAAAUUGAAAAAAACUGGAACCAAAGAUAUUAUUGUAACAAAAUUAGUAUCAAGUGGAAUGGAACAACAAAUGUCUUAUCUGAGUUUAUAUCAAUACUUAAGUGCUAAAAACCGCAUAGCAGUUAUUGACAGUAAACCAUUUCCAAACAUAAAAGAUUUUUAUCUAUUUCCUCUUGGCUGUCAUAGUCCUAUUCCUCAAGUACUAUUGCCAUUAGAUGGACCUGGCAUUGAUGACUAUAGAACACAUUUGUUGUUGGGAAUAAUUGUACGAAAUUCUAAAAAACAUUGGGUUCCGUCUUGGAAAUCAUCUGAAAAUAAUUACGUGUUACCUGAUAUCAAUGAUACUUUGGCGUUACCCCAUCUUAAACCCGCUUUUCAAAAAUCUAGUCAAGACAGUUAUUCACCGAAAGAAAGUUAUACUCCGCCAAGAUCACCAACUAACAAAAUUCUCAGUUUACCAACACCAGUUUUACCAAUAUCUUCAGUUUUGACUGAUGAUGACUUGCCUUAUAUACCCGGAGAAGAAGAACCAUACUCACCUGUCGAUGAAGAUGUACCUAGCUUAUCUGAUGAUAUAAAUGCAACUUCAAGUAUUCACCAACAAAUGGAAGAAUUGACCAGAAAAAUUGAAAAAGAAAAAUUAGUUAUACAGAUGAUGACUGCUGGUUCUCAAAAUUCAGUUCUUAUUGAUGACGAAUCACUAGAUCCAGAUGAAGAAGUCUAUAGUCCUACAAGUGAGCUGGUCCCAUUAACAUCUGAAAUUCAAUUGCCUAGUAAUAUUAAAGAUAUACUUUCUUCCAUUAACACAAAAGAAUUACUUUCAAAUGAAGCAGAAAACUCUAAAACUACAGCAGAUGUUGAAAAGAAGUGCAGAGACCCUAGACAACGAACUUCAACAGCUGAACCUCCACCUCCUGGCUUAGAAGAUGAGUUUACACCUCCUUGUAAUCCUGACAUAAGUUUACCUCCACCUCAUUUCUCAACUCCAUACAUGCAACCUAUAAAUUACAUUGCACCUAUUCCUUACCCUUAUCCUCCACCUGGGUAUAUACCUGAUGCUUACCCAAAUCAAUAUGGACCUCAGCAACCACCUCCACCUCCUCCACCUAUGGUCUUAGACCAAGGAAAAUACAACAAUUAUAAUCAACCUGGUUAUGCGUACAAUACAGUACAAUAUCAACCACCCCUUCCACCACCUUAUCCUAAAAAUAAAAAAGGAUCAGGAUUUUGGGGCCAUGGUAGUUCUAAAAAUGAACCUAAAAAGAAAAAAUUUAAAAAAUCAGGUGAUCGGAGAGAUAAAGGUUCUUGGAGACGUAUGUAGUUGUUUCCUAAAUGAUUUUUAUGUUCUUGGGUCAUGUUUUUAUUAAUUUUAUGUUUUAUAUGUACAACUAAUUUUAUUUAUCUUGA